AUGAUUUGGCCACACUAUCAGAAUCGUUAUUGCUUGAUUUAUACGAAUACUGGAAUGUUGGCUCCGACUAGUGCCUUGAGUUUGACUAGUGUUUUCAUUAUUUUAAGUACCAUAAUAUUCAUUAUCAAUUGGUUCUCAUUCUAUUUAAUCAUUCACCAUCGAAUGGGCAAACCAUUUGGCGAAGCCUUUGGUCUGUCAUAUUCCUAUACAAACCAAUCGCAAAUGAUGAUGGCAAUCCCAAUGUUUAAAACAACUGUUCAUGAAAAAUGUUUCCUCACAUUCAAAUUCCUUCAUAAUUUCUUCUUGGGUUCCAUUUUUUUGAGUGCUUUUUCGACACAACUGAUUUCACCACAAAUUAAACUAUUGACCGACCAUGAAAUCAGUUUGGUCAAAGGAUUUCAUCCAGGUCCCGUUACCAAUUUCGGCAUUGGAGAGCCGUGUCUAAAUGAGCUUAAGCAAGGUUUAUACUUACGAAGAGGGUGUUUUCUGACCUGCGAUGUGGCUAACAAAACUGUGCAGAAGCACGAAGGUGUUGUCUUUCUACGGGAAGAAAUCAACUUUCAGCAGAUGUUUAAAGUGUCAAAAGAUUCAAAGCAUUUUGACAGAAUAAAAAAGUUGGUGCGGCGCUACUUCGAAGCAGGCAUGCUGGAUCAGAUAUUCAAUUAUAUCCAUGCGACAAGCUACAAGUUUCUGGAAGAAACCGGUCGUGGGAAUCAAAUCAAACUUGGUGAUAUGUACGAGACAUCGUAUCUUCAUAUGUUGAUAGGUUAUUGUGGCAGCAUCAUCACUUUCUUUUGUGAACUCGUCUUUUUUCGCUGGAAACAAAGGAAGCAGCUUCGCCGAAAUGCAAUUCAACCGUUUCAAUUUGUGCAUUGAAAUGAAAAAGCUAUAUCAUAAUACACUUUUGUAUGUGUUUGUGAAUAAGAAGACAAAAAACAGCGGCAUUUAACACAUUAUUGUAUCUUUAUUAUACAUUUUAUGAUGUAAUAGUUUUUAAUAAUGUUUUUCAGUUGAGUUGUAAUAUAAUUUAUUGUUUAAUAAUAAUCUUUAAUAACUAACAUCAUCAUAUUUAGUUGUUUACUCUUUUUUUUGUUCUGCUUGACUUUGUUUUUACAUUAUUU